AUGGCUAUGGCGGAUACAUUCCGACUGCUACCCUCCCCAGCGUAUAAAAUAUCCAAGGCGGCACUGAACAUGCUGACUGUUCAGUAUGCCAAUCAAUAUUCCGAUGACGGUUUUAUAUUCCUAGGAGUUAGUCCUGGGUGGCUUCGCACCGACCUUGGAAGCGCCCGGGCUGAUUUCUCUGUGGAAACAGGAGCAGAGAAAGUAUUGGAUAUCAUACAGAGAGCAAAGCCAGAGCAUAAUGGAAAGUUCAUUAACAUCCAUAUCCCUGGAUGGGAGGCUGGAGACGGUGCAGAUCAAUACGACGGCAACGAGAUCCCUUGGUGA